AUGGCUGAGCCCAUCAAGAACCGCAGGCCAGAGGUUGCCGCUCCUACCCCGCAGAACACGCCUGCCACCAAUGCACCCAUUUCCUCCCACGCCCAACAACCAGCCGUCGCCAGCAUCAAGGAGGAGGACUUGGACCGUGCUGCAGCCGCUUCCAUUUUCGCCCAGAACCCCAGACUGGUACAGAUGAUUCAAGGCCGCCUUGGUUCUCUUGUGGGUCGGUCUUCUGGCUAUAUCGAGUCGCUUCCUGCGACUGUCCGCCGACGUGUUGCCGGCCUCAAAGGCAUCCAAAAAGACCACUCAAAACUUGAGGCUGAAUUUCAAGAAGAGGUACUUCAGCUUGAGAAGAAGUACUUCGCCAAAUUCACACCACUCUACGAGAAGCGCGCUCAGAUUGUCAAUGGCAAAGCUGAGCCUACUGAUAAAGAGGUCGAGGCUGGAGAGGAGGACGAGGAUCAGAAGGAUGCCGAUAGCAAGACUGAGGAUAAAUCAGAAGAAACCACUAACGUUUCUGGCAUUCCCGAGUUUUGGCUAUCUGCUAUGAAGAACCAGAUUUCUCUUGCCGAGAUGAUCACUGAACGCGACGAGGGUGCUCUCCGCUCUCUGACAGAUAUCCGAAUGGAAUAUCUCGACAAGCCUGGCUUCCGCCUCAUCUUCGACUUUGCACCUAACGACUACUUCACCAACAAAUUCAUCACAAAAACGUACUUUUACCAGAACGAGAGCGGAUAUGGUGGUGAUUUCAUUUAUGAUCAUGCCGAAGGCCACAAGAUUGAUUGGAAGGAAGGUCAAGAUCUUACAGUCCGUGUUGAAAGCAAAAAGCAAAGGAAUAAGAACACAAAGCAAACUCGAAUUGUUAAGAAGACUGUACCGACCGAGUCGUUUUUCAACUUCUUUUCUCCUCCUAAGCCUCCAACAGACGACGAGGAAGAUGAUGCCUCUAGUGACAUUGAAGAGCGCCUAGAGCUUGAUUACCAGCUUGGUGAGGAUAUUAAGGAGAAGCUAAUUCCACGUGCCGUCGAUUGGUUCACGGGUGAGGCUUUAGCAUUUGAGGAGCUUGAUGAGAUGGAGGACGACGGCUUCGUAGACGACGAGGACGAUGAGGAUGAUGAUGACCUCAGCGACGACCGCGAUGAUGACGAGGAGGAGUCGGAUGACGAUGAUGAUGGUGCGAAGCCGAAGCAAGAAGCUCAAGAAUGCAAACAGAGCUAG